UAUUCUUUGAGCAAGCCCACAAAAUGUAAAGAACUGUUCUAUAAAAGGCCCAGUCCACAUAUCCAGGAAUUAGGGUUUUGAUCAUUUUUCCUAUAAAGUGAAACCCUAACGCCUCCACCUUUCUUUUGUUCAGAGGUAGCAAUAUCUCAAAAUUUACUCGGGCAGAACCAGCGUUAGCCGCCAUGGUGAAGUACUCAAGAGAGCCUGAAAAUGCCACCAAGUCCUGCAAGGCCAGAGGCUCUGACCUCAGAGUACAUUUCAAGAAUACAAGGGAAACAGCCCAUGCUUUAAGGAAAUUGCCUUUGGCAAAGGCUAAGAGGUAUUUGGAAGAUGUUAUGGCUCACAAACAAGCUAUACCUUUCCGACGUUUCUGUGGUGGGGUGGGACGUACUGCUCAGGCAAAAAACAGGCACUCAAAUGGGCAAGGAAGGUGGCCUGUUAAAUCUGCCAAGUUCAUACUAGAUUUGCUCAAAAAUGCUGAGAGUAAUGCUGAGGUCAAAGGCUUGGAUGUUGAUACCCUCUUCAUUUCUCACAUUCAAGUGAAUCAGGCACAGAAGCAGAGGCGCCGUACCUACAGGGCUCAUGGAAGAAUAAAUCCUUACAUGUCCAGCCCUUGCCACAUUGAGUUGAUUUUGUCCGAGAAGGAAGAACCAGUCAAGAAGGAGCCUGAGACACAGCUCGCUGCCAGUAAAUCUAAGAAGUCGCAAGCUAUACGAAGCGGCGCUUCCUCUUGAGCACUUUCUAAUAUUUAUCUUGUUCUCAAAUUGGAGAGAAUUUUGUUGCACUUCAUUUAGAAUGAGCAGUUAUUUAGAUGAAUUGGACAGCUUGUUUGUUUGUUUUGAUCUCUAGUUAAUCGUUCUUUGAGAUUUUCUUUUUUUGGAGACCUUUUCCAAAGCCUCCUUUUGCAGUUUUAUAUGAUGUUUAUGAAAAAUACUACAGUUUUUGGUGUUGGGUCA